AUGGUACGGCCCGUCGUAUCAGAUCCGGGUGACGCCCUUCUAGCGUUCUCCAAAUCAUUUAAAAAGAUACGGCGGGCUGGUACCACAUAUACAGCACGAAGUGGUCGACGCCGGAAAAACAGAGAAAAGCUUUCAAAAUGUAAAUAUCGUUCUACCAGUCUGCCCAAUCUGAAAGACCUGUGUGAGGUUGUGCGAGAUAACGUUAAACAACCGGAAGGGAAGAGGCAGAGUUCGGCUGUGGAAGCGCUGAUACCGCUCCAGGCGAGGAGCUGGCGACGCCGAUCGAAAUCGGUAUUUUCAACGGCAACAGCUCUCAAGGUUGCACCAACUUCGGCCCAAAGUAAUGGUUAUUAUCAAGGCCCCUACUGGCAACCCAACGGGCCUAGCUACACUGGUGGUGCACCAGGCUCUGUUGUGGUGCCAGAACAUUUGUCCAUCACUUCUGUUCCCAAUACAACGCUUCAUCAUCUUGUGAAACAGGCGCAAAUUGUAAGUUCCCUUUCUCGAAAUUGA